UGCACGCUGUAAGCAGUGUGUGAGCGAGAGCCAUCGGUGUGUGUGUGUGUGUGUGUUUGCGCUCGCGUGUGUGUCUGGAGAGAGAGAGAGACAUAGACCGAGCCCCAAACACGGAGCAUGCCUCUGCGUCCGGCAGCCGGCAAACAUGAGCCACCCAGCCCUCCACGGCAGGACCAGCAGCAGCAGCAGCACACACACACACACUCACACACACUCACACACUCUUACACACACGCAGCAAACGGCAGCCAGGGGGCCAGCACUGACAGCGGCAGCUCCCGGGAAGAGGACAGCGGCGUUCCCUUUCCUGUCUGUGUUCCGGCUUUCCGUCCCGGUGCAGAGCGGAGCCACAGUGCAAGAGCACCCAUGGAGGAGCCGACAGGCAACACCGUGGUCAUCCGCAUUGGAAUCCCAGACCUACAACAGACGAAAUGUAUGAAAUUCAAUGUGGAUGCUCCUAUCUGGCUGUCCAAGCAGCGGAUCCUGUGUACUCUCAACCAGAGCCUGAAGGAUGUACUCAACUAUGGCCUAUUCCAGCCUGCUUACAACGGCAAAGCUGGCAAGUUUCUGGAUGAAGAGAGACAGCUAAGGGAAUACCCCUUCCCAUCUAUUGCUCCUGUACCUUACCUGGAGUUCCGCUAUAAAAGACGUGUCUACACUCAGACUCAUCUGGAUGAAAAGCAGCUGUCUAAGCUCCACACCAAGGCAAACUUGAAGAAGUUUAUGGAGUAUGUGCAGCAGAGGAACAUUGAAAAGGUCUCAAGGUUUCUGGAAAAAGGCCUGGACCCCAACUUCCAUGAUCCAGACACAGGAGAAUGUCCUCUAACACUGGCAGCACAGCUGGAGGGAUGUGCAGAGCUCAUCAAGUUGCUGAAGAGUGGAGGGGCACAUCUGGACUUCAGAACAAAAGAUGGCAUUACUGCCCUACACAAGGCCGUGCGCAGCAAGAACCAUACAGCGCUUAUAACACUGUUGGACUUGGGUGCAUCACCUGACUAUAAAGACAGCAGAGGGUUGACUCCUCUCUACCACAGCUCAAUGGUUGGAGGAGACCCCUACUGCUGUGAGCUGCUGCUGCAUGAUCAUGCACAGGUUGGCUGUGUGGAUGAAAAUGGCUGGCAGGAGAUACACCAGGCAUGCCGCUAUGGCCACGUGCAACACCUGGAACACCUGCUGUUCUACGGAGCUGACAUGAGUGCCCAGAAUGCAUCUGGAAACACUGCUCUGCAUGUGUGUGCUCUCUACAACCAGGAUAGCUGUGCACGAGUUCUCCUGUUCCGGGGGGCCAAUAAAGAGAUAAAGAACUACAACAGCCAGACCGCCUUUCAGGUGGCUAUUAUAGCAGGAAACUUUGAUCUGGCUGAAAUCAUAAAGGUCCACAAAGUAUCAGAUGUUGUGCCUUUCAGGGAGACCCCCUCCUACACCAACCGUCGACGUGCAUUGCCUGGCCCCCUGCCCUCACCACGUUCCUUGCUCCGCUCUGCGAGUGACAACAACCUGAAUGGGGACCACGAUCACAUCCACAGUCAGGCCCCCAGAGAAAUCCGUGGCCGUCAGGGUCACUCGCCUGUUCCCUCACUGCGUAGUCUGCCAGCUCUUGGGCAGCAGCACAGCAGCCUUGGAGAGAGCCGUCAUGGAGAGAUUCCCGACAGCAGUCUCCAGAGCACGGGGAGCUCCAGAUCCUCGCAUUCCCGCUCUCCCUCGCUACAUCACAUGCAUGAAGAAGACAAGCCAGUUCCGAGAAGGUCCCACAGCCAUGGCUACCCUCAUGGGCACGGUCAUCGUGGAAGACUCAGCCCCGGCUCAGUGCAAAGAGACCCAAGCCCUCCUCAUCACACCCCUCCAGCACUGACGGGCCCCCGCGGGCCCAAACGCAAACUCUACAGUGCUGUCCCAGGACGUACCUUCAUCGUGGUGAAGCCCUACACGCCACAGGGGGAGGGAGAGAUCCAACUCAACCGUGGAGAGAGAGUCAAAGUGCUGAGUAUAGGGGAAGGAGGUUUCUGGGAAGGCACGGUCAAAGGGAGGACAGGCUGGUUCCCAGCAGACUAUGUGGAAGAAGUUCAGAUGAGGCAGUAUGACCCACGACUAGAAACUCGGGAAGACCGCACAAAGAGACUGUUCAGACACUACACUGUGGGAUCUUACGACAACUUCACCUCAUACAGUGACUAUAUCAUAGAGGAGAAAAAUGCUGUUUUACAGAAGAAAGAAAAUGAGGGGUUUGGCUUUGUCCUGCGGGGAGCCAAAGCCGAGACGCCCAUUGAAGAGUUCACCCCUACCCCAGCAUUCCCUGCCCUUCAGUAUCUGGAGUCUGUGGAUGUGGAGGGAGUGGCCUGGAGGGCUGGUCUGAGGACAGGAGACUUCCUUAUUGAGGUGAAUGGGGUGAAUGUGGUGAAGGUGGGACAUAAGCAAGUGGUGUCCUUGAUCCGGCAAGGGGGCAACAGGCUGCUGAUGAAGGUGGUGUCUGUCGCACGCAAACCUGAGUCUGAGGAGGUCGUUCGCAAGAAAGCUCCCCCGCCACCAAAGAGAGCUCCCAGCACCACCCUGACACUGCGCUCCAAGUCCAUGACCGCUGAGCUGGAAGAACUGGCUUCUGCUCGGAGGAGAAGAGGAGAGAGGCUAGAUGAGAUGUUGGCAUCCCAGGAGUCUAUACUGCGUUCUCAGCCCUCGGAGGCAGAUUACAGAGCAGCCACUGUCAAACAACGGCCCACCAGCAGGAGAAUAACACCAGCAGAGAUCAGUUCACUGUUUGAGAGACAAGGGAUGACUCUACAUGGAGGUCUUCACCCAGGCAUUGAGAGAGGUCACAUACCACUACCAAAGGGGAUGUCCAGGACCAAGUCUUUUGGUGCCACUGAAGAGGACCGGCUGUCUGCCCUAGCAGGAGAGCACAGAUUUCCCCGCAGUUCCUCUAUGACAGACAGCCUCAGAGACCACUCACAGCCCCAUCCUAUCCCUCCACCUCCACAAAUGGCACCUCCUCCUCCUCCCUACUACCUAGACACUGGUCCUCCCCCAGCCUUCUGCCCUCCUCCUCCCCCAUCUAGGACCCAGAGUCAGGGCCAUGAGCCUGGGGGACGCUCAAGCUUCAAGCCCUCCUCCUUGGACCUGCCUUAUGAGGCAGCGCAGCGACAGGCCACACACAUCGAGAGACAGAAGAAAGCUCGCUCCAUGAUCAUCCUUCAGGACUCCUCUCAUCUACCUGUAGAGCCUACAGAAAUUCCCCGUCCUUCUGCUGCUACUCCACCUGAGCGAAUCAAAAGGAAGGGUCGGGUUAUUGAUAACCCUUAUGCUAAUGUGGGUCAAUUUAGCAUUGGACUAUACACACCCACCAAGCCCCAGAGGAAGAAAAGUCCCCUGGUGAAACAACUACAGGUGGAAGAUGCACAAGAAAAAGCUAGUUUAGCCUUAGCUGCUGCCCACUCCCGAGAGAGCUCACCCUCAGGACGACACCCACACACCCAUGGGCACACACACACCAGCCGUGCAGACUACUACCAGCAGCAGCUGAUGGCUGAGCGAGAGCGUAUGCGUGCCCAGGGAGAGAUGAUGCUUCAGGGUAAGGGCCCCUUUGCUGCUGCAAUUGCUGGAGCAGUGAAAGAUCGUGAGCGUCGCCUAGAAGAACGGAGGAAAUCCACUGUCUUCCUGUCUGUUGGGACCAUGGAGGGGGCGUCUACCACAAGCUCUGACGCCCCCUCUCUGACUCAGUCUCACUCCAUCGAUGAACGGAUGCUCACCCGAGAACUGGGACAGCUGCCUCCCCCUGCCUUGGCACUGAGCCCCUCACCUAGUGGGACCACCUUUAUCCAUCCGCUCACAGGAAAACCCCUGGACCCCAACUCUCCACUGGCUCUUGCGCUGGCCGCAAGGGAGAGGGCACUGACCUCCCAGAGCCAGUCCCCAACUAGCAGCCCAGAGCCUAGGACUAAACAAGAGCGGAUAGGCCAGGGCGUAAUUUUCAUUGACCCUCAGACCAAAGAGUCUCCACAUGGGGAAGGGGCACCCACAUCUCCCCCUUUCUCGCCUAAAAGCGCCAAGGCAGUGGGGCAUGUAGUUGGAUCCUCCCUGGCAUCAAUUUUAGUUAAUCAGCCCACCAAACAACAGUGGGCCACAUCACCAUCACCUGUAUCAUUCCGGCAGGAGAUGGAGGCCAGAGUAGAGGAGAGGAAGGAGGAAAAGAGACUAGAAGAUAAAAAAAGUAUGUUGAUCAGUAUUAUGGAUACGUCACAGCAGAAGACAGCAGGGCUAAUCAUGGUCCAUGCUACGAGUAACGGCCAGGCUGUUGGGGUGGGUUCAGAACUAGAACAGGCACCUGCCCCAACAACCACGGAGCCCAGCAAAUCUCUAAGUCCACGGGCUAAAUCCCCCAGUCCCACAGUCUCCCAGCCCCAGGCCCAGCCUCAAACUCAGCGUCCUGCCAGUCCAGCCCAAGAGAAGAGUCUGGCUCAGGGAAGCUCAGAGGAGGAUGUGGAUCCAUACACAGUGACUCUGCCCCCUGCAAUAUUGUCCUCCAGUGAUGAGGAAACAAGGGAGGAGCUACGCAAGAUUGGAGUUGUUCCACCACCAGAUGAGUUUGCUAAUGGGCUUCUUGCACAGACACAGGGGACACCAGUGUCCCCAACUAAACCUGCCUCCUCUCCCAGCACCCCUACAACACCAACACCCCACACUCUCUCAACCCCAACAACCCCAACUGUGACCCCCAUGCAGGCUCAGUCUCCCCAGCCCCCACCUCCACCCAGUGCAGCUGCUGUCUCAGGGAAGCCCUCUGAUCCUCUUGAGCCCCCACCAGUGGGCGAGUCUGGCUCUGCGGCUGACUCAGGCGUGGAGGAGGCUGACACGCGCAGCUCCAGCGAGAGAGAGCGAGACCACCAUCUCGAGACCACCAGCACCGUCUCCACGGUUUCCAGCAUGUCCACAUUGUCCUCAGAAAGCGGCGAGCCUGCCGACACACACACCACGCACACCUCCUAUGCCGACGGGCAGACUUUUGUGCUCGACAAGCCGCCAGUGCCUCCUAAGCCCAGACUCAAGUCCCAGAUAGGAGGCAGUAAAGGCCCCGUCACCUUCAGGGACCCUCUGCUGAAGCAGAGUUCUGACAGCGAGCUGCUAUCACAGCAACAGGCUGCUGCCCUGGCUGCUGCUGCAGCUGGAGGUGCUGGGCUGCCCUCAGGUGGUUCAGCCUCAGUGACUGGACUAGCCCCCACCAAGCCACGCUACCUCUUCCAGCGGAGGUCCAAGCUGUGGGGGGACCCAGUGGAGCCUCGUGGGCCAGGGGUGGGGCUAGGUAUUGGGAGUUUGGGCAAUCUGGGUGGGCUGGGACUGGGGCUGGGUGCAGAUGAGGGAGCAAAACCAUCUGUUAUGGGGGAGCUCAGUUCCCGACUACAGCAGCUAAAUAAAGACACUAGGUCAUUGGGGGAGGAACCACUGGGAGCAUCACUUGACCCUGGGAGGAAGUCACCUGUGGCAGGUGCCAGACUUUUCAGCAGCCUAGGCGAGCUCCACACCAUUUCUCAGAGAAGUUAUGGCACCACAUACACCAUCCGCCCUGGCAGUCGUUACCCCGUCACCCGACGCACCCCAAGCCCAGGUUCAGGCUCACCUGAUCGGGGCGACCCUCUUGGACGAUUCUCAAGCUUCGGCCUACCGACCUCACCAACUACACCGCCCCAAACCAUCCUCAAAUCUUCUAGCCUCAGCCUACCCCAGGAGCCUAAAGAGGUCCGCUUUGUGAUGAGGAGCUCCAGCGCCCGUUCCCGCUCUCGCUCCCCGUCCCCGUCACCUUCGCAUUCUCCUGGGCUGGGGUCACCACUUUUAGCCCUCCGGCCCUUCCACCAGAAGCCCCUCCACCUCUGGAAUAAGUACGAUGUUGGAGACUGGCUGGAAAGCAUCAACUUGGGGGAGCACAGAGCAGGGUUUCAGGAACAUGAGAUCGAAGGGUCUCACCUCCCAGCUCUAACCAAGGAUGACUUUGCAGAGCUUGGAGUGACACGAGUUGGACACCGCAUGAACAUUGAACGAGCACUAAAACUGCUGCUAGAGAGCUGACCCCUGCCCUUAGACACAGCAACACUUGGAUAGAAAGAUGGGCAAGAUAAUAGAGUUGAUGGAAGAGAAAACAUGAGAACUGCUCCUCUUUUACUCCAGCUGUUUUUAUGUUCCGCAUCAUAAAGGUUUACCUGCGACACGUUACGUUCCCGUUCUGCAUUAAUACCCUGCACUUGGCACUGCACUGAAGAGGAGGAUUCAAUACAUUUGUCCCCCUCUACUUGGCCCUUAGUGUCUGCCCACCUCCUUGCCUGCAGCCAAUUAGAUCAGACCUCAAAAUGGGCUCUGGUCUUUCUUUGCCGAGGAGAAUCGCAUGAGCUCCAAUUAAAACAUUUGAUUUGUGAAAGCUUCAGUUGUUCCCUUAGUAACACCCACACUUUCUCUCUCACUAUUCCCUCCUCUCCUCUCUACCUCUAUCCCUCCAUCUAUUAGGCCUCUGAAAGCCUUUUGCAGUUUGAGUAAAGGAGGAGGAGGAAGAAUUUUCCUUUUCAAACAGAAAGCUCAGUUGCCUUUCAAAAUAUUUAUACAGAGAUCAACAAUGAUGAACACAGGACUAUGGACAUAGUACUGACACAGCUCUGAAAAGGUGUGUCUUCUCUAAACCUGCUGUUGUUUUUAAACCGAAGACUUCAGAUCCCAGAGGUGGAGCUCCACAAAGUAAACCACAGGAGAAAACCCCUCUGCCUUGGUACCCAGACUGUGCUAUCUAUUAUAUUUGGAGAAUGUUUAACCAACACUCGUGGCUUUUUUCAUAAUCAAUUUUUUGGUUUUCCAAAGGGAAUAUUAUAUAUAGGUAUUAUAUAAUAUAAUAUAUAUGUAUCUAAAUAUAGCUUUCAGAAGAAAAGACAAUGUUGCAAAGAGGAAAUAUAAUAAAUUAAUCUGCGCCUGUUUUUGGUUUUUAGUAUAGAAGGCAGAGAGAAAUCUUUAAAUUUAUUCCACCAAUAGUUUACUCAUUUCUACCAAUUAUAUACAUAUAUACAUAUAUAUAUAUUUGAAAUAAAAAAAAGUAUAUAGAUAUGGAAAUGAAAUUUUUGUCAUAGCUAUACAACUUUCCUUAUGGUCACCCUUUCUUGAACCGUAGCAUGACGAGUUGCAUCAUGUGUUGGACAGAGAGUUUGUUGUUUGUUUUUAUUUUCUUACGGUCUUCCUUCAUACUAAAGGGCAUCCCAUAAUGUGAGGCUGAGACCCCAGUUGACACCCAUCCCUACUGCUUCAGCUACAGAUCUCACUGAAGUGGUUCUGACUUUAUCCACAACCUACAGUAAAGACCACUUAAGGAGACAGCUAAUUGGUAAAAGGUGCUCUUUCACCUCAUCUUUUGCCUGUUAAUCACUCAGGGAUGGAAGUUUGGGGCACUAGCAUGGAGAGGUAGUUGGCUCUUGUUUCAAUACUAUUUAUUUAAAUUCUUACCUGUGUGGAUAAUUUAACACCACUACAGUCUGAAAAAUGCUAGAGGGCUAGUAAAAUUUCCAUCCCUGUGACCCCCUGAUUUACCUGUAUAACCAACAAAAACUUGUCAUACAAGGGCUUAAAUGAGCUAGACAUAAAGUAUCCGCCCUUCUGAAAUGCCACUGCGGGUAAUGUGUGCGUAGUUUAUCAGGCUGUGGGGAUGGGAAAGCCUCUGUAAGGUCUUAAAGAAAAUUCAGUAUUUUACAACUUGGCUGUGUCUUGCAACAUCGCUGCUUCCCUGUAUCUUUACGGUUUACUUAGUGAGUAAAGUAUUAUCAUAAACAGUGGCAGCCAGAACUCUAAGAAUAAGACCCAGGUUGUAAAACAAAACAACUGAAUUUUUCUUUAACAAUACAAAAUCUACAAUUGUACUCAUGAGUAGCUUCUGCUGGCAGUGAGAAACAGUGAGUUUUAUUCACGCAACAAAAAGCAUUUUAUCCAUAGCUUUUCUCUAACAGAAGUCCAGGUAAUCUCUAUUACCACUAAAAACCUCCGUACAUCAGCAGCAUCCCAUCAGUACGCCAAGGCACUUUCACUUGGCGAGAAGUGGUGUGCUUCUUCUUUUUUUUCUCUAUUUUCUUUUUUGCUAACAGUUUGUAAAAGCGGGUGGUGAAUAUAACAUUGUGUCUGGGUUGUAGGAAUAGCACUCACUGCCUCACUGUGACCUCACUGAUUAUUUUAUUUCUGACUCCAGUGUUACAGUAUGUUUUCAGACUCAUUUGGACUUUUUUGUGUUUAUUGUUUUCUAUUCUUUUUUGUUUGUUUUUUGUUGCUGAUUUGUUACCCUCGGACACUGUGGGUAAAUUUUGUAGCGUGUGGAACAUUGAAAUCGUUCACUCAUUUGAAUUUUAGAGUGACAGAAAAAAAGACAGAAAAAAAAAACAAAUAUCCUGUCCAUUCUAAACGUACUUACACUUGUAAAAAUGAACAAACUACGAAUAUUUGCUUUUUUUAAAAAUCACAAGCAAUGUAUAUAUGAUAGAUUUCAUAUAAAUUUUUGGAAAAACAAAAAGUAUAUAGAUCUAUAUAUGAAUGUUUGGCAUAUAUGCAUAGUUAACCACCUGUGAAAAAGGUGAGCAGAUUUUAUUCUUUCUAUGAACUCUUGAACUUUUGAACUCUGAACUAUGAACUAGGGGAUGAUUUGCACAAAACAAGGUGACAAGGUGCUAACAUAAAAGCCACCCAACGUCCAAGCGCAUGUGUGCAUCUGGAUUCCCUGAAUCUGUCUGUGUGGUCGUUCCUCUUCACCGUGUGUGUGUGACUGUGUGUGUAUGUGUGCAAAUGUUUGUUUGCAUUGUUUGUGUGUAUUUGUUUGAGAGAGAGAGAGAGACCAAGAGAAUACACGUGAGCGAGUGUAUGGUUGAUUGUUAGGGUUUACAUCUUUGGAGUUAGUCCACUAUAGCCUUACUGUAUUACCAUCAGAGAUUCCCGGCAGUGGCUGUGUCUCACACACAUGCGCACACACGCACACAAAAAAUACAUAUACACACAAACAGAAAAAUGCACACAUACAUUCAUCUUCUAUUCCAGAUCAUUGUUCUACAUUCUUGUUUCGUACAAAGUGGCGUCUUCAGAAAGUGGACUGUUCUGCCCAAGAGGGAGAGACAGACGAGAGAGAGAGAUUAACCAUUGUCACGUUUUAUAAAGCAAGACAGCUGUAUCUCACCUUGUAACUGUGUAGGUGCAGCUUAUGCAGUGUCACUGUUUUGUAAACCCAUUCCCAGAUGCUAUUUGCGCUCCUUACGCUCCACUCUGUCUGGCAGCACUCCUUUUUCCUUUUUCAGACCUUCAGUUUUUGAGUUUUGGAUAUGCUAUAUGAGGUGAUCCAGUGAGGAACAAACAACACAAAGGAAAAAUGUGCCAAAAAAUAACUUAACUUUUAACUGUAUAUUUGUCUUUGCUUUAGGACUAUCUUAGUUACAGCAUUCUUGAGCUGUUAGACUCAAUAAUAUGGUGCCAUCUCCUGGAAAUCUUGAGAACUACAGAUGUUUGUUAGACCCUUCUGUAUUUCCUACAGAUGGAAAUGCAGUCAUUAUUAUUUUGUAAAGAUGCAGGCUAUUGAUACAUACGUGUGUGUAUGUGUAUGUGUAUGUGUAUGUGUACGUAACACACACACACACAUAUAUAUUUAUAUAGCCUGUGUAUAUCUACCUGUGAGCUUUGCAUUAACAUUUCUAUUUAAAGUUUGAGACAAAGUAUCACAAUUGCUUGAUUUUACUGUGAUGAAGGUUAUUAUCCAGCUUGGCCUACUAUUCUCACUUGAGAGGUGAACAUGUAUAGUCUCACACAGGCUGGCCUGGUUAGAAGAAACAAUGCUGUAGUGAAUAUCUGGUCCAGAUGGUUGUGUAAGUUUACCACAAACAGAUGCAAAAUGAUGCUACAGAGCAACGUGUAACACACUUACACAUCAUUAGGUCAAAUAAGUUCAGUGAAGGUUUAUCUUUGUCUUAUUUUCUAAUCAAUAAAGCACAAUCUACAUAGAGUAGAGGGAGCAGUGUAAUCUUUUUAAAAGCCCACUGGGGUCUGGUCACCCAAUGGAACCAGUGAUCUUAUCAUCAAAGGGUUUUUCUUUCAUUGUUGGUUUUCUCCUUGUUUGCACUGUGAAGUUUAGAAUGGUGGAUGUAUCACUGCAACACCUCAGCCUUGUCUCACAGGUGAACUUCCCCUUCUCAACAUCCAGUGAGCAGGUAAAUCAUCUACAACCUAUCUCCCAGCGACUUCUGAACGCUUUAAAGUAUUAGAGACAUUACAAAUCCCCACCUUCAUUUUAAUACAUGAAAGCCCAAGUAGAAAUAAAAAGUUAACCAGAAGCUACCUAGUAUUCAUAAUGCAAACAGAGUAAGGGUGACAGGGAAGAUUGAGGCAAGAUCUGAGAUGUUGCCCAGGAUAUCUCCACCACAGAGAUAUAUGUUUGUUAUAUUAUGUAAUAAAUUUAUAAU